CACGUGAGGCUUUGCGGAAGUAGACCAUUUUCGGCCGAAAAACAAAACAUUCGUGGGUGGUGUUUGAGUUAUUCAAUCUGGACUGACGUUACUCAGCUCUACUGGAGUGGUUUCGCAGACUGUGCCGCAUAACUCGACAGUUAUACCCGGGGCCUGGCACGAUGCUGAACGCCGCCGCUGCGGAGAGGAACAAGGAGCCCAUCCUCGCGGUGCUCCAGGAGAGCGUGAACACCGGGAGACCCCUGCAGGCUCUGGAGAUCUCCUCCGGUACCGGGCAGCACGUCACACACUUUGCUCAAUCCCUGCGGAAUAUCAUCUGGCAGCCUUCAGAGUUUGACCGCCAGUCUCUUGCAAGUAUCGAAGCGUACAGAGCACACUACCAGCUGCCCAAUGUGAGGCCUGCCAUCCACCUGGAUGCUUCGCUGCCCUAUCAGUACUGGGGGGGCAUCCCGCCAGAAAGCAUAGAUCUGGUGGUCAACAUCAAUAUGAUCCACAUUUCUCCCAUGGCUUGCACAGAGGGUUUAUUCAAAGGGGCCGGGGCAGUGCUGAAGCCGCAAGGUCUUCUCAUGACAUACGGGCCAUAUGCGGUGAAUGGGCAGAUCAUGCCUCAAAGUAAUAUUGACUUUGACUACAGCUUACGGCAGAGGAACUCAGAGUGGGGACUCAGGGAUAUCUCCUUCCUCAGUUCUAUAGCAGAGAGAAGUGGUUUAUUCCUGGAGAAAAUCAUGGACAUGCCUGCCAACAACAAGUGUCUUCUGUUCAGGAAAGAGAGUUUGGUGUGAAGUGUCCUGAGGUCCAGUAUGGGGAGCACAACGGUCCAAACGCCUUAACCUACACUUGAAGCUCAGAUACUUUGCCAAAUUCCCCGGAACUUUUAAUAAAUGGUUUUCCCAUAUUCUGGUACACAUUGACAUCAAUGCAAUUGUUUACUCAGAACUGGCAUUCUACUCCAUUUACUCUAUUAUAUUCUUCUGUAUUGCACACUUGAGUAAAAAAUGCUCACUGAUA